UCACCAUCGGAUGUAUUGAAGGAUGCAUCAGUCUGGAUGUUAGUGAGCCAAGUAUGGUCCAACUGAUAACAGGGUACCAGAAACCGGUCCAGGACCGACUCAACGGCGGCAGCACUAACGCAGAUAUAAAACCUAGUCAGUGCAUGUGUGGAUACAAACCAGAGUGCUUUCAGCAUGGUGACUUUUAUCUUCAACACACUCCCCGCCUGGAUCGCACAUCUAGUGUCAGGUCUAGGAGUACAGUUGACCAUGGACCAGCGUGACAUGGUUGCCUCUGAACGCCCCACUGCAGGGGGAUUGGUAACCACCAGUGCUGGCGAUGGAUGUGAUCAACCUCUGAAGAAAAUCUUCAUACCUGACUUGCUCGCAAGAUGGCCAUUUCCCCGCCGUCUUAAUCAGCACUAUUCCAACUUUAAAGCCUUUAGCCCCAAAGCACAACAAGCCUUCAACCGUUGCAAUCUCGGUAAGACAUGGCUCAUAAUAACCCUGUUGAUGUGCUCACGCCUUUCGUUAGGUCUUCUUGGUUGUUUAGCCUACCCCAUCGCGAGUGAAGAACACGUUCGCAGCGCUUGCGAUUACAUGAAUCUUGCAAUUGUCAUAGAUGAAUAUUCCGAUGUAUCAGAAGAAGGAGACGUCCGCAAACAAAAGGACGUCAUCAUGGAUGCUCUACGUCACCCUCAUAAACCACGUCCAAAAGGAGAAUGGGUCGGUGGAGAAAUUGCUCGCCAAUUCUGGGAACGUAUUAUACGUGACGGUGCUAAUAGUCAGUCACAGAAGCGGUUCAUCGCAAUAUUCGAUGAAUAUCUAGAGGGCGUAGUGCAGCAGGCCAUUGAUCGAAGCGGACAUCAUAUCCGUGACAUCCAGAGUUACUUCGACUUGCGCCAUGAAGUAAUUUCGCACUCAACAAUUGAGGAUGUGGUAGCGGUAUCUCUUGACAUGAUGACGCUCAGUAAUGACAUCUUAUCCUACGAUCUAGAGCAAGCACGUGGAGAUGACGAUCACAAUAUAGUGAAAAUUGUCAUGCACGAGUUUGAUACGGAUGUCAAUGGCGCCAUGUUAUGGGUGGCGGAUCACCAUACAAAACUCGAAAAGAAGUACUUCAAGGCCGUGGCAGCCAUUCCGAAAUGGGGAGAGCCCAUCGACUCACAGGUUAGGGAGUAUUGUGAUGGCUUGGGAAACUGGGUGCGCGCCGGCUGUGAUUGGAGCUUCGAGAGCGAGAGGUACUUUGGCACCAAUGGUAUGGAAGUUCAACAGAAAAAGUGGAUUUUGCCGAUGCCGAAAGACUACUUGAAAGGUUGUGAAGAGAUUGGACCUGUACUUGUUGGUGUGACCCAUAUUGAAUGACUCGUUUCUUGACAGAUUACGACUAUAUUACGUUCUCAACCUUGUCGCCCGUCUCAUAUGUUUUUCCUCCGCGUUCCACAUUAUCUUCUUGGUUACUUUCUCGUCAUUCGUUC